AUAUCGUAGCUUAUUGUUCUCGUGCACAAUAUUCGUUUUAACGCACUUUCCCCUUUUUACACAAUACUAUCAUGGGAUUAAUAUAUUGUUUCAUAUACGCUGUGCUAAUGAUAAACGGUUUAUUGCAUUCACGUCUUAGCAUUUUUUCAUUUAUAUUCUCGAUUGCGAUAAUACCUGCAGGAAGUCAACAGCAAACUACAGAGGCUUCUUGUGAUGAUGGCAAAUUCCGGUGCAACAAUGGUAAUUGUAUACCCAACAGAUGGCGUUGUGACCAAGAGAACGAUUGUGCUGAUGGUUCUGAUGAAUUAAUUUCAAUGUGCAAAAGCAAAACAUGUUCACCUGACGAGUAUACCUGUAAAUCUGGCGAAGGUGAAUGCGUACCUCUUCCCUGGGUAUGUGAUCAGAGUAGAGAUUGUUCGGAUGGUUCGGAUGAGACCUCCUGCUACGAUACAUGUCGUUCAGAUGAGUUUACUUGCGGUAAUGGUCGUUGCAUACAUAAUAGAUGGAAAUGUGAUCGGGAUGAUGACUGUGGAGACGGUAGUGAUGAGAAAAAUUGCCCGAUAUUAUCGUGCAAGGACGAAGAGUUUACAUGUAAUACAGGCGCUUGCGUGCAUCGUCGUUGGCGCUGCGAUGGAGAAAAUGAUUGCUCAGACGGUUCUGAUGAGAUCGACUGUUCAAAUCUCACUCAAACUAUUAAUCUUUGUUUGCGUUUGGAAUUCCAAUGCAAGGAUCGCAUCACUUGCAUCAAUUUGGAUUGGUUAUGCGACGGCGAAGCCGAUUGCCCAGGUGGCGAUGAUGAGCAUCGAGAAAAUUGUAAAAAUAAAACUUGCCGUAACGAUCAAUUCCAGUGUGAUAAUCUUUCAUGCAUUGCCGGCCUAUUGGCAUGUAAUGGUGUAAACGAUUGUCCCGAUAGAAGCGAUGAACGCAAUUGUGAUUUUCGUAAACAAACUGUGUGCAAUGCCAGCACGCAUUUCGAUUGUGGUUAUGGUCAAUGCAUAUCUCUUGCGAAAGUUUGCGACAAGCAAAAAGAUUGUCCCGAGAGCGAAGAUGAACCUGCAAAUAAAUGUGGUGUAAACGAAUGUUCGAUUAGUAAUGGCGGCUGCAUGCAUAAAUGUAUAGAUCAACCGAUUGAUUAUCGCUGUGAAUGCGAAACAGGGUACAAACUCAUUAAUAAUCGAUCUUGCGCGGAUGUGAACGAAUGUACCGAAGAUUCGGGUAUUUGCUCACAAAUAUGCAUCAAUGAAAUUGGUGGCUUUAAAUGCGAAUGCGUAGGCGGUUAUAGACACGAUCCCCGUAAUCAUACGCGUUGCAAAGCCAUCGAAGGGCAUGCUUCGCUUUUGCUAGCGCGACGUCAUGAUAUUAGGAAAAUUGCUUUAGAUCGAAUGGAAAUGACAUCGAUUGUAAAUAAUACAAAAUCAGCUACAGCAUUAGAUUUCGCAUUCCGCACUGGCAUGAUAUUCUGGAGCGAUGUAUCAACACAAAGCAUUUACAAAGCUCCGAUUGAUGAAGGCAAUGAGAAAACUGUUGUUUUAAAAGCCAGUGGUGUAACAUCAGAUGGUUUGGCCGUGGAUUGGAUUUACAAUCAUAUCUACUUUACUGAUACGCAUAAAAGUACCAUUGAGUUAACCGACUUUAAUGGUAAUACGGAAAAAAUACUAAUUAAAGAUGAAUUGAAUGUACCGCGUUCAAUAGCCCUGGACCCAAUUGAUGGUUGGAUGUAUUGGUCCGAUUGGGGUGCUUCACCGCGUAUUGAACGUGCUGGUAUGGAUGGUACACAUCGCCUUACUAUUGUUAAUUAUGAUGUGAAAUGGCCAAAUGGCAUUACAUUGGAUAUGGUACGCAAACGUCUUUAUUGGGUUGAUGGUAAACUAAAUAUCAUCUCAUCGGUUAAUUACGAUGGCUCACAACGUCGCCAAAUUUUAUAUUCAACUGAAUAUCUGCGUCAUCCUUUUUCAAUAACAACAUUUGAAGACUAUUUAUAUUGGACCGAUUGGGAUAAGCAAACAGUGUUUAAAGCAAACAAGUUCAAUGGUCAAGAUGUAGAAGCUAUAACUGCUAUGCAUAUGCUGCAACAUCCGAUGGUUGUACAUGUGUAUCAUCCGUAUCGUCAGCCAGAUGGUGAAAAUUAUUGUCAGACAGCAAACGGACAUUGUUCACAUUUAUGUUUACCGGCGCCGUUCAUUAAUCAACGCAGCCCUCGUAUAACAUGCGCCUGCCCCACCGGUCUGCGUUUAAUGGAAGAUGGACAAACGUGUGCCGAAGAUUCUAAUAAGCAUUUGUUUCGUAACCUUACGCAUGGCGGUAGUAGCAACGUUACCGCUACUGCAGUGCAACCUGAUUCCGGCUAUAUCGCUUUGAUAGUCUCAGGAGGUUUACUCGGUGUAUCGCUAGUGCUAGGAGCGAUAUUAUAUCUUGGGUAUCGUCAUUAUAGAAGGCGUUCCGUGAAUUCUAUGAAUUUUGAGAAUCCUGCCUAUCGUAAAACGACGGAAGAUCAUUUCAGUGUGGAGAAGAAUUUACCCAUAUAUCCUAGUACCGUAGACGAGGAGCUGCAUUGUUCACAAAGAAGACUUUUUGCGCAAUAUUAAAACAAAAAGAAAAAAUUAUUAUCAUAUCAUCGAUAGAUAACACUACGUAUAAUGGUAAGGGCAACUUUAUUGCCGCCGCGACCACAACCGGAUUUGGCGGUCAUAGGUAGGCAGUCGACUUGACUAUUCACCAAAGUAAAGUGUUUUGCAGCCUCUAUAUCUGUAUAUGUGGCUUUGGCCAUUGUAGUAGUGUUUUCAUUAACUCACUCACAGUAUCUAUGGAAUCCUAUCUAAAGUGAAACGAUCGAAUAUCAUACCAGUGGAAAGAAGGAUUUUCCGAUCGGUGUAUAUGACGAAUAAAAAGCUGAACUGUUUGCUAAGAGGACUAUUUGCGCGGUAUUAAAGAAAUUAAAAAAAAAAAAAGAAAUGGUUAUGGAAAUAAUUAAAAUGAAUCAUUUGACAUUGUCACUUAGAUUGAUGUGAACAGUGUUUGCAUCAAGUAUAACAUACGUUUAAAGUAAUGUACAUAGAAUAAAUAUAAAUUAGGAAAAAUCUAUAUUUGCUUAAGUAUGAUAUUUUGGGAAUCACUAGUAAAAAAAUUAGACCACUUUUGUAAUCAGCAGAUUAGAUUAGAAGUAACAAGACUAUUCCUCUCAAAUCAUAUUUUUGUUAUACCUUGGCAGCACCUUAACUGAUAACUAUGUCACAACUUGGGUAACAAAUUAGACACACUUUUUUUAUUUCCAUGUAAGAGAGUCAAGUUUUCAAUUCGACUUCAAUCGAAUCGAGAUUAUAUCUCUGGAAAGCUUUUUUAAACUUCAGGUAUAAUUGAAAGUUAAAUCGAACCAAAGCAGGAGCGACUCGAGUUAA